UCUUUAUAAUUAGCUUCAUUCCAUCGCUCAAAAUUAGAAAUGGGUUUGGUUGUUUAUUUGGAUACCGUAUUGAUCCCGUUGAGCUUUUUUCUGACGGUUGGUUACCAUGGCUAUCUAUGGCACAACUUCAAGAACAAACCCUCUCGCACCACCUUUGGAAUUAACGCCUUAAAGAGGAGAGCUUGGUUUCUGGACUUGAAAGAUGGAAAUGAUAAGAAAAGCAUGUUGGUAGUGCAAAGCUUGAGAAACACUCUCAUGGCCACCAUCCUAACAGCUUCCAUAUCAAUUCUCGUCGUCAUAUCACUAGCCACUCUAAUAAAUAACGCCUACACCGCGGCGCAUCUCUUCAGUAGUCCGCUUUUCGGGUCUCAAUCGACGAAGAUCUUUGCCCUAAAGUACGGAUCAAUCGCAGUUUUCUCGUCACUCAGCUUCGUGUUUGGAUCAAUGGCCAUCGCAUUUCUGAUCGACGCAAAUUUCUUGAUAAAUUCGAAUUCUGAGGAGUUUUCCUUGUAUAAUAAUGAACACAGGCAGACCAUAUUUGAGAAGGGAUUUGUGUUGGCUCUUGUGAGCAAUCGUUUGCUUUGCAUCAGCUUUCCUUUGCUGUUGUGGAUGCUUGGCCCUGUGCCUGUUUGGCUGUCCUCUUUGGCUCUUGUUUGGGGGCUUUAUCAGCUUGAUUUUGCCGCCAAAGUGAUCCCCAACUGCUGUAAUAAGCAGACUUAGUAUAUAUUUCAAGCGCGAUGUAAAUUAUAUAGUUAUGAUCAUGAUUUUCCCCUUAUACGUGUACAUGAGGUGGGAAUUUGAACUCUCUC